UUCCUCCUCUGGAUGCAGUAGGUGGAGCUGAGGUCUUCCUGUUUUGUUAUUGUCCAUCAGAGGAAAAUCGUCUCCGCAGAACACAGAUCCCUCAGCCAGUGACCCUGGAGGAACUGGGCUGCCAUCCCUUGCUCCACAGUAAGAAAGGGAGCUGAGUCCUUGUCCUGGGAGUGUAAAGUCAGAUUACUAAACUUCUGUGUUCACUGCAUGCUCUGGGAUUGGAGCCGGAGGAUGGAUACAAGCCAGUUCAGAAUGCAAGACUCUGCCCACCCACCAGAGGGUCUGGUUUCAGCCGCUCUGCCAGAAGCUACAAUUGCAUUAAAGACCACGAGAACAUGGCGAAGCGAGUGGCCAUCGUGGGAGCCGGGGUCAGUGGCCUGGCCUCCAUCAAGUGCUGCCUGGAGGAGGGACUGGAGCCCACCUGCUUCGAGAGGAGCGAUGACCUGGGAGGACUUUGGAGAUUCACCGAACAUGUUGAAGAAGGCAGAGCCAGUCUUUACAAGUCUGUGGUUUCUAACAGUAGCAAGGAGAUGUCUUGUUACUCAGAUUUUCCAUUCCCAGAAGACUACCCAAACUUUGUACCAAAUUCUCUGUUCCUGGAAUAUCUCAAGCUAUAUGCAAGCCGGUUCAACCUUCUGAAAUGCAUUCAGUUCAAGACCAAAGUAUGCAGUGUAACAAAAUGCCCAGAUUUUGCUACCUCUGGACAAUGGGAAGUGGUCACUCUCCAUGAAGGGAAGCAAAGCUCAGCUAUAUUUGAUGCUGUUAUGGUCUGCACCGGUUUUCUAACGAAUCCUUACUUGCCCCUGGAUUCCUUUCCAGGCCUAAAAAAUUUUAAAGGACAGUACUUCCACAGCCGACAAUAUAAACAUCCGGACAUAUUUAAGGACAAGCGAGUCCUUGUGGUUGGAAUGGGAAAUUCUGGCACAGAUAUUGCAGUGGAGGCCAGUCAUUUAGCAAAAAAGGUGUUCCUCAGCACCACCGGAGGGGCAUGGGUGAUCAGCCGUGUCUUUGAUUCAGGUUACCCGUGGGACAUGAUAUUCAUGACACGAUUUCAGAACAUGGUCAGAAAUUUUCUUCCAACUCCAAUUGUGAGUUGGUUGAUAUCAAAAAAGAUGAACAGCUGGUUCAACCAUGUGAAUUACGGUGUGGCUCCCGAAGACAGGACUCAGCUGAGAGAGCCUGUGCUAAACGAUGAGCUUCCAGGCCGUAUCAUCACUGGGAAAGUGUUGAUCAAGCCAAGUAUCAAGGAGGUGAAGGAAAACUCGGUCAUCUUUAACAACACCCCAAAGGAAGAGCCUAUCGAUAUCAUCAUCUUUGCCACUGGAUAUACCUUUGCUUUCCCCUUCCUCGACGAAUCUGUAGUGAAAGUUGAGGAUGGCCAAGCAUCACUGUACAAGUACAUCUUGCCUGCACAUCUGCCCAAACCAACUCUGGCUGUGAUUGGCCUCAUCAAACCCCUGGGCUCCAUGAUACCCACAGGAGAAACACAAGCACGAUGGGUGGUUCAGGUCCUAAAAGGUGCGGCCACAGUACCACCCCCAAGUGUCAUGACGGCAGAAGUCAAUGAAAGGAAGAAAAACAAGCACAGCGGGUUUGGUUUGUGCUAUUGCAAGGCUUUGCAAUCAGACUAUAUAACAUACAUCGAUGACCUCCUGACCUCUAUCAAUGCAAAACCGGAUCUGCGGGCCAUGCUCCUGACCGAUCCACGCCUGGCUCUGAGCAUCUUCUUUGGCCCAUGCACACCAUAUCAUUUCCGCCUGACUGGUCCAGGAAAAUGGAAAGGAGCCAGAAAUGCCAUCUUGACCCAGUGGGACAGGGCGCUAAAAGCCACCAGAACUCGAAUUGUACCAGAGUCCCCAUCUCUCUUUGAAACUUUGUUCAAACUCUUUAGUUUUCUGGCCUUGCUUGUGGCUGUUUUCUUGGUUUUCCUGUAAGUGUGAAAUGGCCUUUCAGGUGCAAGGAGUGCUAUGAUCCAACUCCUCUAACGUAGUGAUUUUGCCUUCAUAGUCAUAAACUAUGUCCAGAGAGUGAAGCCCAAACCCUCCCCUUCCCAGCUCACCCCACUGGCACUCUGGUAUUUCCGAACCUCUAACAGCAUUAUCUAAUUCCAAAAGAUAAUGCCCAACCAUUUUGUUCUUUUAAGGUGCUAGGAGGAUCCAGACUCGUUUUGAGGGAGAAGCUGCCCCAGAGAACACUCUGAGUAUUCUUUCCCCUAAACACUCUUUUCCUGAAGCUUAAUGAAAACCCCUACCUCGCAGAAUCUUGGUUUGCACUCAGAUGGCUCUCUGUGUAUUGACUGACUAUAAAUAAAGUGGAAGAAACUUCUAGUA